CGAACAUCUUGAACAGAUCUACAUUUGUCAUGUAUCUGUCAAGAGUACGCAGUAUGUUCAAACAAGGUUGGGGCGACCCACCCUCUUCCGUCGAUAUUCCCAGCUUGGUCAGCCCGACACCAACGAUAUCGACGCAGAGCGAUAACGACAGCCAGCAAGAAGCAGCAACAGCAACAGCAUCGCUAUCGGAUCACGAAAUGCUUCAACGGGCUCGAGCAGCUCAAGCCAACGAGGAUUUUCGAGCUUUAUCUGCCGGACCGGAGGCUAAAGGACCCUGGAGACGCGUCGAAGCGGUGGAUCGGUUUGUGGUUUUCCGUCGGGGAGCCAAAACUAGCAGCAAUAUCGACAAUCAACCCAAUGAGUUCGAGGUCUUGUGUGCUGGACGACUCGAUGCCAGUCUUGAAGAAGUCGCUAGCAUCCUACGAUCAAGCUCCGAAGCGGAACACAAUACGAUGAUGAGUGCGUUGUAUACCAAGAGCUUCAUCCUCGGAUCCUACGAGCGUGAGGUGCCAUGUUACGACGCAGCGGACAACAGUGAACAACUCACAGUAAAGACGAAAACGUUCUCUCGCACGACGAUCCUGGGUCGCAAUGAACAGUGGUGUUACUUCGACUACUACCAGCGCAAGAAAGAACGCGACGGAUUUACUAUCUCGAAGUGUGCGUUGCCAGCUACAGAGUUGACGCCAGGACGCAUCAUUGGAGAGAACGCUAGAGUGGAUCAACUACACGGAUUAAAUGCCUCGUAUCUGGUCGACAAACUUCCUGAUCGUAAAGGACUGCGCGUCGUUUUCCAUGCUUGGUUUGACUUGGGAGAGUCCAAUGCUAAACGCAAGAACCCGAGACGUAGAAGCCACGAACCUUCCAGCGCCAACACAAAUCCAAGCACUAAUCUGCGUCGCAAUUCAUACGCGUAUGGUGAGACCAGUAAGCACAAGGCGCAACUGCGUCGAUUGUUGGCUAUGGCACAUGGAAUCACAAACCUUCCAGAGCUUAUUCGUCGUCGACGAUUCGGUGUACAAAUUCCAGCCAUGAUGCGUUCAAAGGAUUCAGCAAAGGCGCGUUGUCCGUGCUGUGCGCACAGUUUAGCCCCCGUGAAGUUAUCGUUGGCAAUGGCAGCCUCAGCUAUAGCCAAUCGAAGCUUGGCACACCUCAAAGUGGACACACGACGCUGCUACUUGUGCGGAUAUCUCGUGUGUGCUGAUUGCUGGACUGCAGAGCAAAUGGAGAGUUUUUCUGGACGAGUAGCUGCCAUUACCGUCUGCACUCGCUGUCAUGUCAACGUUCAAGCUUGCGAGUAUUCAAAGGUGUUUGUUGGGACGGCAGAAGAACGGAAAAAGCAUUGUGGACCCCCACGAGUUGUGGAGGACUCGAACGAUACUUCAACUGUGUCAUUGCUGGUGGAUUUCCUGUCUACUUCUCUGCUGAACACGAGCUCGGGUAGCGUGGAACACGCUGCUGCAUUGGAUGUGAUUCGAUUUCUCCUUCGACAAGAGGAAUCAGACGAUGAAGAUUCUGAUGAAGAAUGCGAUAAUGGCAAUGAGCAAGUCCCUCACUUCAAAGAGAUGGAGGCGGUGAAAAAGAUUGGUGAGAUAUUGAGCGACAAGCAGCAAUUGCCUAAUCUAGAAGCCUGUAAACUAGGCAAUGCUGAACAACGCACUUAUCAGUUAGAUCUGCCAGAUGAUCCGAGCGUUGACGUGCCACGGUCUCCGAUACCAAAAAACGAGGCCGAACGCAUUGCCAGUAUUAAGUCUGCGGGGUUGCUGGAAUUCGCCGACAUUUUCGCCCCAGAAGUUCCACGCACAAAUGCGAAAGUUGACGCUCCUGAUGUUCACGACCUCGAAUUAUUAUGCCAAUUGGCGAUGAAGACCUUGGGUUGUGCGUAUUCGUUCGUGACGAUUAUGUGUUCAAAGCACGAGCACGUAGUCGUUGGAACUCACCCCGGGUUCGUUGGCGCUGCCGUGCCUCGAGAACAAACGUCCUGUCAACACGCACUCAUGUCUCCUUAUCCAUUCAUGGCUACACACCAAGAAGCUGACGUACGUUUCCACAAGCAAGGCGCCGUGUCUGCAAUCCCGAUCCGAUUCUACCUGGGCUUCCCAUUGACCGUACCAAUUAAUGGUGACAAACCUGAAGAUGAAGAGAUGACAGUGGGUAUGCUGUGCUGCAUCGACUCCAAGCCUCGUGCUGAGAUCACUCGAACACAAUACGCGACGAUGAAGCGGCUCGCAAUCACCUCCUCGCAUAUUUUGGUGCACAAAAGUCGGCGGCUGCAACAUACCACAGCAGCCCAAGCAUCUUGA